CCCAUCCCUAUAGUGGACGCGUUGUCUGCUCCAAAAGUUCAUUCAAGUUAUGCAGGCAACAAGGUCAAUACGACUACCUCGCAAGCUGUCCGUAUGCCGCCUGAUUCAUAAUCAUCAUAUCCUUCGUUCAUCAGAUCCUGCCGGACGGACGACUUCGUUUGGCUUCAGGACAGUUCCAGAGGAGUCGAAGGAAUCACUUGUGAAGGGUGUUUUCGACUCUGUCGCGUCCAAGUAUGAUUUGAUGAAUGAUGCAAGCUCCCUCGGCGUGCACAGGCUGUGGAAAGACUCGUUUGUAGAUACUCUCAAACCAGGUCGCAAAGGUCCCCUUCGGUGUAUAGACGUUGCAGGAGGAACAGGCGACAUUGCUCUCCGUAUCUUGGAUCAUGCAAGGGAGAACUAUGCGGACAGAGAGACGACCGUGGACAUCGUGGACAUCAACGCGCAGAUGCUGAAGGAGGGAUUCAUGAGGUUCAAAAAGACAAUGUAUCACAAUACACCUCAGGUUUCAUUCCAUGAGGCAAAUGCACAAGAGCUGACUGCUUCUCAGUUCAAGAACGAUUCAUACGACCUCUACACGAUUGCAUUUGGCAUCCGUAACUGCACGUCUAUCCCCGCUGUGUUAAGCGAGGCUUACCGCGUUCUCAAGCCUGGUGCUACCUUCGCGUGUCUUGAAUUCAGCAAGGUUAAUAACCCGCUCCUGAGCACACUGUACGACCAAUACUCAUUCACGGUCAUCCCACUGCUUGGAACCAUUCUAGCUGGUGACCGUAAUUCAUACCAGUAUUUGGUGGAAUCUAUACGCAAAUUCCCAAGCCAGCCCGACUUUGCGCAGAUGAUCAGAGAUGCAGGGUUCUCCACAGGAGGUGAUUUUGAUGGUGGCGCAUGGACAGAACUCUGGGGAGGCAUUGCCUCGAUACACACAGGAGUGAAGAUUUAGCAAUAACAUAAUUUUCAUUCUCGUACUACGAUUCUAAUACCCACCGUCUGUCUCACUUUC